GUAAACAGAAGCCAAGAUGCAGAACGAAGGGGGGGUUAUAACCGAGCUUUACACUCCCAAGAAAUGUUUGGCUACAAACAGGUUGAUUACAUCAAACGACCAUGCUUUUGUUCAGAUCGACGUUGGGCAUUUGGAUGAGAAUGACAUGUACAAUGGCCAUUGCUCCACCUUUGCUCUGUGUGGAUUCGUUUGUGCUCAGGGAGAUGCUGACAGUGUGUUGGAUCAUAUCUGGCAGAAAAAGAAAGUUGAAGCUCGAAAACAAUAAACCAAAGGAGAGAGAAUAUAAUUGAUUUCUGUUUUUGAAGUUCUCCUUGAGGGUAGAAAAAUGUGGUUGAAGGAUUUUGACUCAUUUUGUCAGUUACUAUGGAAUAUUGCAUCCUCUUUGAACUGCCAUGAAUCAAAGUGUUUUAUGUUUCUGUGCUAAAAAAAAGGGACAUUUGAGAAGGAAAGGGAGAGAGCAAGGGAGAUUGAGAGGGAAAGGCUAAAGGAGGGUGGUGUUGGUGGCGUUGGUCUUGCUUUGGCAUGGGUCCUGUUUAGGAU